UCAUGUCCCCUAACCAGCUUAAAUGUGUCAAGUCAUUAGAAAUGGCUCGUUGCCACCAAAAAUUCAAAAAAUGGAGUCCAUUCUUAGAUUAUUACAUUUCUGCAAGCUUUGUAAACAAAAGGCAGGUCAAUGAUUUUUAAUUUUUUUAAGCGGUUUCUCAUUUUUAUUCGAAAUCCUUAGUUAUCCUACAAUACAGAAAACAUGAAAUCUUUUAUACUUUUAAGAAAAAUUAAGGAAACAAACGUAAAGAAAUUUGUUUGUUUUCUUUUAUUGAAAUUCAGUUAGAGGGACCGUUGUUUAAACGACAAUUUUGUUGGUGGUAUUUUGUCUCGAUGUAGAAUUGUUGCAUUUUUUCUGUAGGUAAUUGCCAAGUCAUUGCGAUUCAUUUGAUUAAUUGAUCUUAGUUACAAUUCCAAUCAUUAUUGAAACUGGGUAGCCCUUAAUUUUGUUAAUAACCCAAAUUGUUGACCCAUUUGAAGCCUCUUAGUGUUACCAGACUGAUCGGAUUUGGUGGCGAUAGGCCGGGAAAAACUAUCGAAAACUGUUAUUCGCUGUGUCUAUGGAGGCUGUUAAUUAUCGAUAGCUGGAAAUGCCCUGGUUUUCAGUCAGUAAAGUCUAUGGUUUGGUUGGAAAUUGCUCGAAAAAGUGUGACCGUUGAUGUUAAACUAUCGCAUCGCAGUGCGAUAGUAGAUAUCGAUAUAUCGACAUGAAUGUUUUCGUCAUCCCUAGAAUCGAAUACGAAUACGAGUAGGUUGGUAUGGUUAAGGUUGGUUUUUGUUGCGCUCGCGUGAAGACGUAUUACCGUGUGUGCUCCGACUUGUGCUCUCAGAAUUUAUUUUUGGUCAUUCUUAUUUUUUUUUUUUUGCCCCUGAAGAAUCAAAAACCCCAACAACAACAAAAACAAAAUUUGUCAAAGGAUCAAACGACAAACUAAUAUAAAAAUAAAAAAACCAAAUCAACUAUAUAGUUGUCUUUGAACAUUAAAAGUGAAAAUUCGAAAACAAAAAAAAACUCGAAAAUCAAUUCCAAGAGAGAAGGAGAGAGAGAGAGCGGCGAAAAUCCUAAUCAGCGAAUUCGGCAGCGGAGCGCAAGUGCAAGCGAGACGGCAGCAGAGCUCCGCUGCAAGGCAAGCCGACCGUUAGUGUGAAAGGGAUAGGGCCGUUUAACAGCGAACAUCAGCUGGGGAGCGUGAAAAAGUCGCCGCUAUCACUGUCGCCUGGCCACAAGCUACAAAAGAGAGCUGCAAAGAGAGAGAGAGAGAGAGAGAGAACAAGAUAGAGAGCGUGAGCCACAAAAGAGCAACGGGAGAUACAAAACUAGCACCACAUUACGACGCGACCUACUGAAAAAAAGCUUCCCUGCAGUACCAAAAAAUCACUAAGGAAAAUAUUCCUCAACGAUAGAGAGGGACACACUGAGAAAAGAGUGAGAUGCAACGUCUUUAAAAACAAUAGAAAAUGCAAAGACAGUCGAUGAGAGAAAAAAAUUCUCUCAGCAAAACUGCUACAAAGGAACAACCAACUACAAGCUAAUAAAACCAGGAGAAAGAACGGAAGACUAGAAAAUAAUCAUAACGCGUAAUAUAGAUUAUCAUUAAAAAUUUAAAAACAAAAACCAACACACACACACACAACACACACACAUAGACACCUUAAAUACUAAAUACUAAUGCUAAUUUAAAGAAAAAAAAAAGUAUUUUUGGUGUAAAAAAAAAAAACAAAAAAAAGAACGCUAAGCGAAAAGAACAUAAUUGUAAAAAAAAAAAGAUUAAAAAAAAACCUAACGAAAAAUUCACUUUUAGCCUUAUAUACAACAAAUAACGAUCCCUAGUAUUAAGUAUUAGUCCUUAAAUAAGAAGCAGAAGAAGAUAGAGAGGGAGAGAGAGAUAAAGAGAGAGAGAGAGAGAGAGCAGAUCAAGAAAGCAAGAAUUAUUGAAUUAUUGAGAUAGAGGGCCAUGGCCGAUCUCAGAAAACGCGGGAAAAAUCAACGAACCACCAAGCAGCAGCGUCGUAUCUUGGAAGAGGUCACCCACAAUAGCGCCAAUUCCCACGCCACUGACGCCACCGACGCCACCGACGCCUCUGACACCUCUGACUCUCCAGAAGUCAAGGAUCAAGUCCAGCAUCGAUCAUCCAUCGGUUUCGGGGAGCUACUCCACGAGAUCAGAGAUCACCACAACUCGAUAGUUGGCCAGGAGCACCAGGAGCAGGAGGAGCACACUGAGGCUCGCCAAGGACAACGUAAUGUGGAGGACGAGACAGCAACAGAAGAGCAGAAACAAAAAGCUGUCGGUGCACUUAGUCUGAUAACAAAUAGCUUUGAUGUCCAGGACUUUGGCAGCUUGGUAGCUCAUCCCGUUGAUAGCACUGUCAGCGGCAUCACCAGCACCAGCACCAGCACAGGCGAUCCGGAUAAUCCAUACAACCAGGAUCCGAUCUUGUAUAGAGUUGUCCGCACGGAGCUCUUUCGUCAGGCCAUCGAAGACGAGGAGCAGCUAGAUCAACUGGAAGACGGAGACGACGACGAGGAGGAGGACAAGGAGUCAGUUAAAGAGCCAGAAGAGCAGCCUUGUGGGAGUCGCACUUUGGAAGCCGACUUGCAACCUUCCACUUCGAGGCAGGGCAGGGAGAACGUGCCACCAAAACGAGCCAGAGGACGCAAAAGAGUCAAGGCAUUAGUGCACUACAGUCCACUCUCAGAGGACAACGAGAAGCCUCCCAAAAAGCGAGCCCGUCGGGAGAAGAAAAAACCAACUAAGAAGCGCAAAACUUCACACUCGACUAGGCGCAGGACCUUCGCGAGCAACAAUUACUCCACGGAGGACGACGAGGACCAGGGUAACGACGAGUACUCCUCUUCAAGCCCACCCUCCCGGAAGGACAAGCGCGAGGAUCCCGACAACGACCAAGGAGGUCGAAAGAUAUCAGGAAGGGAUUACGACGAAGGUCCUAGUACAUCCGGUGCCAGAAAGGGGCGAUCGCGAGGUAGAUCCUCUUCCCACAAAAACAAGAAGAACCGAAAGAGAUCCGCCGGACCACUCGACGAGGAGGAGUAUCCCUUCUACUACUAUUCCAAGAGCUUUCAAAAUUUUAUGCUAUCGCGCCAGUCGCCGAAUCAUCCCGCCAAGGAAUCUCCCAAAGACCGCCAACACGUGGAGGAGUCCAACAAGGAGAACAAUCGAGCUGCUAGUAAUCAGGAAUUGAUUGAAUCUCCCCAUGUCCAAGUCAGGGAUAUAGAUUUGGUUCUCAGGGUCAUCGAUCUAACUGGCAGUAGUCCGGAAUCAAAUCCGAUUGGAGGGGAAUCUGUGAGAGAGCGGGAAUCGGAGCCAGAGUCAGAGCCAGUUCCAGAGCCAGAGUCAGAGCCAGAGCCAGAGCCAGAGUUCGAGGAGAAGGCGGAAGAAAGGUCAUCGCCCAGUUAUAUGAGCGAUUGCGAUGAUUCGUGCUGCCAAUCUGAAGCCAAGUCUGAUGUAGAGAGCCAUCGCAGAUGUUCUGAAACCAGGACGACUUCCAACGCAUCAGAUACUCUUCAAAUUGACUUGACAUCUCCGGAGAGAAGCUAUCAAGAUUUGGAAGAAUCAGUCAUUGAAAUAGAUCUGUCUUCUGAAGAGUUAGAUGAACUAGAAGUUGAGCCCAAAGAUUCUGAACCAAAAACACCAGAUUCUCCAAAGUGGACGAAUCGGAGAAAGAAUCCAAGAAACAGAAGAAGAUCCGUUUAG